GCAGUGACGUGUCGUUACUUCCGCGUGCUGGAGCUGUCACCGCCUGACGCGGAUCAACGCACACGAAAAAAACAAAGAUGAAGAACAAAGUCUCUCAAGUCAGUGUAAAGAGACGCUUCUGGUCGUGGCAUCAGUACCUGAAGGAACAGAAAUGUGAAGCUGCUCCUGUGUCACUGUUCACACAGUUUCAGUUGUUUCCCAGUAGAAGAUCAGGUUUUAAAGUUGGGAUGAAGUUAGAGGGCGUUGACCCGCUGCACCCGUCCAUGUUCUGUGUUUUAACGGUUGCUGAGGUGAUUGGUUAUCGACUGCGUCUCCAUAUCGACGGAUACUCAGAGUGCUAUGACUUCUGGGUAAAUGCUGACUCAGCAGAUAUUAGACCAGUGGGUUGGUGUCGAGACAACAACCACAAACUCCACCCACCUAAAGGCCACAGUGAGACAGCCUUUGAUUGGCAGGUCUACCUUCAGUCCACAGGAUCUCAUGCUGCUCCACCCACUCUGUUCACCUGUCACACUGCUGAGUGUGGGUUUGAGGUGGGGAUGAAAUUGGAGGCGGUUGACAGGAAGAAUCCAGGACUUGUCUGCGUCGCUUCUGUCACUGACGUCAUUGAAGAUCGAUUUCUUGUUCAUUUUGACAACUGGGACGACACAUAUGACUACUGGUGUUACAGUGACAGUCCAUACAUUCAUCCUGUCGGCUGGUGUGAAGAACAGGGACGACCUUUGACCUCUCCACAGGGUUAUCCAAAGCCUGAGAACUUCCUGUGGGAGGAGUAUCUGCAGGAAACUGGAUCAACUGCUGCUCCCAGAUCAGCCUUCAGACAGAGAGCUCCUCAUGGUUUCCAGGAAAACCACAGGCUGGAGGUUGUCGACAGGAGGAACCCCAUGUUGAUCCGCGUUGCCUCGGUAACAGAAGCAGAGGAUUUCAGAUUGAAGGUUCACUUUGACGGCUGGUCUUCACAGUUUGACGUGUGGUGUGACAGCGACCUCUGUGACCUUCACCCUGUCGGCUGGUGCCAACGCACCGGACACCCACUGGAGCCACCCCCAGGCCCCUCCCCCAUCUCCUCCCCUUCUCAGGGUGUGUGUCCCACUCCAGGCUGUCGAGGAGUUGGACACAUCAAAGGAUCCAAAUACACAGGACAUCACAGUGCCUUUGGUUGUCCGUACUCAGACAUUAACAUGCGUAAAGAGGCGGUGCUUCCUGACCGUCUGGGAGGAGAGAGAACCCUCGUACCUGUCACCAUGAGGGCAGGUGUCCAGGAAGAGGGGGAGCCUAACGACGCUUCUGUUCUGCUUCCACUGGGGAAAAGAAGACUGACAGACAGACUGCCUCACACAACCAAAUUAUUGCGUGUGAAACCAGAAGAGGAGGAGCUUCAUUUGACAGCUCCAGGACCAGAGUCUAGUCUUCAUGCUGCUCUUCACCAGUCUGUCUUCCUGUCAGCCAUGUCAGCUCAGCCUGGUCGUGACCUGUCUCUCUGCUGGGAACAACAUCGUAAGCUGCUUCCAGGGGUCGCUAGAGUCCACGCCACUGCUGUCCAACACUGGAGCGUCCAACAGGUGUCAGAUUUCGUGGAGUCACUUCCUGGUUGUGAAAAUCAGGCGUCUCUGUUCAGAGACGAGCAAAUUGAUGGGCGGGCCUUCCUCCUGCUGACACAGAGUGACAUGAUCAGGAUCAUGUCAAUCAAACUUGGCCCCGCCCUCAAGAUUUACAAUUCCAUCCUCAUGUUCAAACACGGCAACAUCAAGAUCCAAUCACACACCGAGGACACGAUCCAAUCACACGCCGAGGACACGAUCCAAUCACACGCCGAGGACACGAUCCAAUCACACACCGAGGACACGAUCCAAUCACGCGCCGAGGACACGAUCCAAUCACGCGCCGAGGACACGAUCCAAUCACACGCCGAUGACACGAUCCAAUCACACGCCGAGGACACGAUCCAAUCACACGACGAGGACACGAUCCAAUCACACGCCGAGGACACGAUCCAAUCACACGCCGAGGACACGAUCCAAUCACACACAUAGCAAUCUUGUGUUUAGACUCCCCCCCCGGGAGGGAGGAAGAUCUUUGUUACAACAAAGAUCUCAGGUCUCUUCAGGUCUCUUCAGGUUUCUUCAGGUCUCCUCAGGUUUCUUCAGGUCACUUCAGGUCUCUUCAGGUCAAAUUACUUUUAUCUCUACUUCAGGCUCCGCCUCCUGAGGGGCAGGGUGUGUAUUUAUAGUGCUAGAUCUGGUGUAGGGAGGCGGAGCCUAACAAAGAUCAGUUAAACAGAGAACAUCAGUUCAUAAGUUUCAGAACAAACAGUUCAGCCUCUGCUGAAAAAAUAGGCUUUUAUUGUUUUCCUGGGCUCUGCACAGCGGAAAGGCACUUCCGUUUGGUGAUGAUGUCAUCAGUAAACCUCACCACCGUAGCUCCUCCUGGUGCGGGCACUAGUCCGGCCACAUCCGGUUGCGUACAUUCAACCGCAGAAGAAGAAGAACUACUCUGGUUGUAGCUGCUGAGAUGCAGAGCAUCCACCGUGCCAGAGGGGGAGCUGUGUAUCUGAGAGCUGACGUGCUAAUGACGUCACUUCCAGGUACCUGACCAAUCACAGGACAGUGGGAAAGCUCUUGUUGGCUGGCCAAUCACAACACAGUCUGUGUUCUGGGGGUGUGGUUUUGGUCUGAAACAGCGCGGCUGACGAGAGCGUCAGUGAGGAGAUAUUUCGAUCAGCUCGUUUUGCAGCGAUUGGAUUUUGACCAUGAAAACAAGAUAAUACACUGCCUGGCCAAAAAAAAACCUGGCCACCUGGAUUUAACAAAGAAAA